AUGGCCCAUGGGAUCACGUUCCGCGGCGAAACCUUCGCCGUGCCGGAGACCCACGACAUGGUGAAGACGCUCUUUAAUCCGUCCGUCCGCAAAUCCGUGUGUGAGGUGUUGAUCUUGCUAGUGCUAGCUUCAAACGGAGCCGUUUUCUUGGUGGCGUCUACAGACGGCCAGAUCAAGGCGUUUAUUGCCUUGUACGUUUUCUGGCGUUUUUGCUACAAUUUCGGAAUUGGGUACUUGCUCAACCAGCAGCUGAACCGGUUCCGCUUGGUCGAGUGGGCGAGAAAGUACAAGGUGUUUGAGAAGGAAAACACCUCCUCCUUGGCCAAUUUCGUGCAAUUGGAGGUCAGGUCCCAGAUGGGCGCCGACUACAGCAUCUCCGGCCACCCGGUCGACUUCAACACCUGGUUGAUUUUCAGAAAAGUCGUGGACUUGAUCUUGAUGCUGGACUUUACCACGUUUGUGUGUCUUGUGGUGGCAUGCUGCUGCAAGGACGAUUACCAGUUUUUGCACGGCCAGCCUGUGUGGGCUGUGACGGCCAGAAUUGUCGUUGGAGUGCUGUUGAUCUUGUUCAACCUUUGGGUCAAGAUCAAUGCUCAUAACACCAUCAAGGACUACGCCUGGUACUGGGGUGAUUUCUUCUUUAGACAGAUCAACAACGAGGAUUUGAUUUUCGACGGCGUUUUCGAGAUGUUCCCCCACCCCAUGUACUCCGUCGGUUACAUUGGAUACUACGGUUUUGCGCUUAUUGCAAAGUCCUACACCGUUCUUGUGAUUGCCUUGUUUGGCCACUUUUUGCAGAUGAUCUACGGGCCCUCAGCCAACGAAAACUCCUUGCUGCAGUUGAUCUCUUACAAGGAUUUGGCCAACUUCGAUAACACCAAGCCAUUGGUGGGUUUGGCGAAUUUCAACGUCCUUAGAGCCAGUGACGUGAUCAACUUGAUCAAUUGUCUCACUUACCUGGCGUUUAUUCCCAUUUUGGCUUCGCUUUCUGCGUCUAACGUCUCAGCAGUUGCUAGAAUUUUGUUCUACUUGACCGUCACAAUCAAGGUUCUCGAAUCCGUCUCCAUCAACGUUGUUCUUGUGCUCCAGAGCGAGUUCAAAACCUUCACCAAGUGGUACCUUUCCAAUAACGUUCCCGUCGAAAAGUCCCUCAACAACUUUGCCAUUCUUUACAACUCCAUGAUCAACUUGACCUACGCUUCCUUCAUUGGCAUGAACUUGUUCAAGGUGCUCACCUGGUGCGAGUUCCACGACUUCUUCUUCAGUGACUACCUCUAUUUGCGUGUUUUCAUGGGCUUGUUGCUUGUGGUGACGCAAGUCUGGAUCAACACUUCCAUCAUUGAUCUGAUUGGCUACUUUGGCUGGUUCUACGGUGACUUUUUCAUUCCAAAAUCAUCCUUCAUGCCUCAGAGAACCCACUUGACUAAGGCUGGUGUCUACCGCUACCUCAAUAACCCUGAACAGGUGUUUGGAGUCUGUGGAGUAAUGGGAGCUACGUUGAUGUUGCCUACUUUCGACAACCUCGUGAUCUGCUUGAUCUGGGUGGUGAACAACUUUGUCAGAAUCAACUUCAUUGAGAAGAACCACAUGAUCAAGGUUUACGGUGAAGAUGAGGUGCUCAAGGAUAGCGGAGUGACGAAAACGGUCAAGAAGCACUUGUUGCCAGAAAGCAUUGAAAAGAAGCUCAGCCGUUCUGAUUCCCAGAGACGUAACUCCGGUCCUACCUCGAUUGUUUCUUCCUUUGACGCCUUCUUGAAGGAAUUAAGGUUUUCAACCAAAUUGUUCUCGAAGCAGAAUAUCGCCGACUUGUCCCAGAACAAAUACUUUGCCAACAGCGACUACCACUUGGACGUUGAGGGACUCACAGCCACGGAUUCCAUUCCUUACAAAUACGUCGGACAGCCUAUCAAAGUGGCCUUUUCUGCCCCAACAGACCACUCUUCUCAAGACUGGGUCGGUUUGUACAAAAUUACCCACACUUCCUACUCCCGUUACAGAACAUUGAUCUCGUCCAAUUCUCGCUGGUCGUGGACCGGUGCUGAAAACAGCGGAACCAUUGAGUUUGCUAGAGAAAAGUUGUUCUGGGAGGAAGGCCUUUAUGAGUUCAGAUACCAUCUUGACGGAAGACACGAUGUUGGAUUCAUCACGUCGCCUUUUGAAAUCAAGGUUCCAGAAAUCGAGGUUCCCAGAAACCCAGCCGAAACUACAGAACUCGCCCACGAGCUCAACUCUACAAUCUUUACACCCAUGUUGGCGUCUGCUCCAGAUAUCAACACGCCGAUUUACCAAUCACUCACGGAAAACGACGACAUUGUGGCCAUCUACACUCGUGCUGCUCAGCUUAUUGCCAAGAGCACGGGAGUGAAGGUCAGCAAGCGUUUUUUGAUUUACAACGACAACGAAAGCGGCAACAAAUUCACUAUUUAUGACUUGGCUUCCAAAUUGGUGUCCAUCCACAAUGCCUUGUCUGAGUUGCUGGCAGACGACCAGGAUUUACAGGAUAAGAAAACUCAGUAG